AAGAUCGAAAACAAGAAUGAAGAUGAUGAGGUUCCUUGUACUACUUGUGUUGUGGGCAAUACUAGGUUGUUUUGCUCCUACCGCCACAUCAAAAACUAAUUCUUCUUCCAUAGCCAAACCAAACUGCAAUGAUCAUUGUGGGAAUGUAAGCAUUCCAUUUCCCUUUGGUUUGACAAAAAAAUGUGCCCUAAACUCAAACUUCUCCAUCACUUGCAACACCUCCUAUAAUCCUCCAAAGCCAUUUCUAACAAAUAGUACCGUGGAGGUUAGGGAUAUAUCCGUUGAAGGGCAAUUGAGGGUCAUGAAGCGCGUAUCUAAAUAUUGUUACAACAAGGGCAAAGAGGUUUCCCCAUCCAGAUCAUGGUAUACUUCGAAAAAGUUCUUCAUCAACCAGACCGCCAAUAAAUUCGUUGCUGUCGGGUGCGACACAUUCGCUAACGUUUACGCCUACGGCGAUGACCAGUCAUACAGAACAGGGAGUAACUGUAUGGCCACCUGUAACUCCACACAGGAUGUUACAAACGGGACUUGUUCCGGGUUCGGGUGUUGCGAGACGGAAAUUCCUAACGUGGCCAGGAACGUUUACUAUUCAGUGGAUAGUUUGAAUUACUAUAAUGAAACUACCGAUGAUGUUAAUAACUGCAGCUACGCAUUUGUGGUGCAAAAGGAGGAGUUCAGGUUUUCCUCCACUAUGCUUACCAGAACUUGGGAUGUGAAGAAAGUGCCCAUGGUUCUUGACUGGACAAUUUCGAACGAGACGUGUCUUACGGCGUGCCAAGGUAAUACCACAUGUGUUGCCGUCAAUGGUGAGGGGUAUCGUUGCGGUUGUAAGGAGGGUUAUGAAGGCAAUCCUUAUCUCUCUCCAGGUUGCCAAGAUAUUGAUGAAUGUGCAAAUGGACAGCACAACUGCUCCCAGAACGCUAUUUGCUCAAAUACCAAAGGUGGCUAUGAGUGUUCUUGCAAGAAAGGCUACCAUGGCGAUGGAAAGGGUGCUUUAGGAUGCACUUCUUCUAAUCAUCGACUCAUCAUGCUUGUUUUGGGUAUUGCUGUAGGCACUAUAACGUUGUUGAUCAGCUGUUUUUGUCUGUAUUUGGUAUAUCGACGGAGGAAAUCAAUACAGAUGAAAGAAAAAUUCUUUAGGGAAAAUGGAGGAUUGAUUCUGCAACAAAAGAUUGCCCAAGGUACUGCAUCUUCUGGCACAACAAGAAUUUUUACAGCAGAGGAGCUUAGAAAAGCAACUAACAACUAUGACCAAACCAGAAUCAUUGGUCAAGGAGGUUUUGGCAUUGUCUACAAAGGGCACCUUCUUGAUGGUCAAACAAUAGCUGUUAAAAAAUCCAAAGUGAUGGACCAAACCCAGGUCGAGCAAUUCAUCAAUGAGCUAAUUGUGCUCUCCCAAAUCAAUCACAGAAACAUAGUCAAACUCUUUGGUUGUUGUUUAGAGACAGAAACUCCGUUGUUGGUUUAUGAGUUCAUAAGCAAUGGAACAUUGUCUGAACAUCUAUACAGCAAAGACAAGGCAUCCACAAUACCAUGGCCAAUCCGUUUAAGAAUUGCUACUGAAACAGCUGAGGUGCUAUCUUAUUUGCACUCUGCAGCUUCUCCUCCCAUCAUCCACAGAGAUGUUAAACCCGCAAACAUUCUCCUGGAUAAUAACUACACUACUAAGGUAUCCGAUUUUGGUGCUUCAAGAUUAGUCCUACAGGAUGAGACUGCAUUGAUGACUAUGGUGCAAGGAACAUUUGGUUAUCUUGACCCAGAAUACAUGCAAACUCACCAAUUAACAGAAAAGAGUGACAUUUAUAGCUUCGGGGUUGUCCUAUUGGAGUUGUUGACAGGUAGAAGGGCAGUAUUUUACAAUGGGCCAGUCGAAGAGAGGAGUCUAUCUGAGCAUUUUCUUUCAUCAUUGAAAACAAAUCAAUUGUUCAAGAUUCUUGAUGUCAACAUUGUAUGCGAGGGUAACACUGAUGAGUUACAAGAGAUUGCUUUGCUUGCAAAGAGGUGUUUAAAUGUGAAGGGGGAAGAUAGGCCAACAAUGAAGGAAGUUGCAAUGGAACUAGGUGGAUUUAGAAGAGCAACUAAACAUCCCUGGACAAAUAAUUCACAUACUUCAAUGGAAUCACAGGCUUUACUUACUGACCCACCAAACGCCUUUGGAUACGAUGCGACUUUUAGUAUAACAACAACGGAGUAUGAUAGCUUAAAACAUCAUAUGGAGUUACCGGUAACUGCCGGAAGAUAA